UCAUAUGACCAAGUGUCAGUUUACGGAAGUAUUGAGAAUCAAAACAAUUUCAGCCGACGGUAUUGUACAAGUUCUGCAUUUUACGAACUAUAUGUCAGAAAAAGGGAAUGUUUAAUUACGGAUGAAGUUAGUAGAUCGGUUGUAGAAUCAUAGCGGUUAGCGAUUUAUUUUUUAAGAACAAAACUAGUUGUUUUUGUUCUAACCGCUUAAGAUGCCACGGAGAUGUCUUCUUCCGGUCGUUUCCCUUGCGUUAACACUGUGUGUUGCAUUCGCCGAGAACGUGACUCUUACUGCUCCCGGUACCGUUGACCUCGAGGAGACAGCGUCAACUAACGUCACCAUCACCGCCAGUUAUUCUCUGAACGUGUCGGCCAUCAUCCUCUUUAACAUCACCGAUAGGUCUGCGAAUGCCAGCUACAUUCUGCAGCUUCCUGAUCAGGUGGAGCUUCCUGCCAAAUCUUCCAAUGUCAACUUUCUGGUAGUAGCGAAGCACGUGGGUCAGGUGACGGCCUAUCUCUAUAGCAACAACACUGACAUCGCCAGUUCCGUGACGAGGAUCCGUUUCCUGGUUGUGCGCAGCAACUUCCUGUCCAUCAUUAACCAGGUGAUUGGCUGGGUCUACUUUCUGGCCUGGUCCAUCUCCUUCUACCCCCAGGUGGUGGAGAACUGGAGGAGGAAGAGUGUGGUGGGCUUAAACUUUGACUACGUGGCGCUGAACCUGACAGGGUUUAUAGCGUACAGUGUCUUCAACGUGGGCCUCUUCUGGGUUCCUUACAUGAAGGAGGAGUUUGUGAAGGCGCACCCUAACGGGGUGAAUCCUGUAGACUCCAACGACGUGUUCUUCAGUCUUCACGCCGUGCUGCUCACCCUGGUCUACGUGGGCCAGUGUGCCACAUAUGAGAAAGGCGGGCAGAAAGUAUCCAAAGUGGCGAUAGGCUUGCUGGUGAUUGGUUGGACGUUUGCCCUGAUCACCCUCUUCGUGGCGUUAGCCAAUAAGAUCAGCUGGCUGGAGUACCUGUACUGCUUCUCCUACAUCAAGCUGGGGGUCACUCUGGUCAAGUACAUCCCACAGGCCUACAUGAACUACCAGAGGCAGAGUACGGAGGGCUGGAGUAUAGGCAACGUCCUGCUGGACUUCACAGGAGGGAGCUUCAGCCUGCUGCAGAUGUUCCUGGAGUCCUACAACAACAAUGAGUGGAAGAUGAUUUUUGGUGACCCCACUAAGUUUGGCCUGGGACUCUUCUCCAUUUUAUUUGAUGUGAUAUUCAUCAUCCAACACUACUGUCUGUACAGACACAGCACACAGUACCAACCAUUUGAAGGUACUGAGAACUAGUCAUCAGUACUAGCCAGUACAAGACCAGGACUCAAUGCCAGAACCAGCAAGUACUGGACCAGGACCACAUUGUAGUAUCAACUGGUAGUAGCCACAACCAGAACCAGAACCCAGUGCCAACUGGUACCGGACCAGACCAGGUCUAGACCCCGCUACCAGCUAAUAGAAAACCAGGAACAGAUCACAGUACCAGUGCAUACCGGACCAGGACCACAUUCCAGCACCAUCUAUGGUAGGGUCCUCUAGUCCAGAACCGCUGGGUGACAUUCUGGUGAACACAGGUCUUUUUCUGCUGCUUACAGAACCUCUUAAAGAGCACUUUGAUCAGGGUGUAGGGAAUUAUUAAGUUUGAAUACCACUUAAUCAAUUGUUUGGACAUAAUAUAAUUUUCCUGUUUACAUUUUCUGUUAUCCUUGAAUUGACAGAAGCCUUAAUGUGUAUUGUGCAAAUAAAAUGUCUUCCUUUUUCCGAUCAA